CGAGGUUCUUCGAUGGGGUGGUAGAUGCACUGAAGGAUAUGGGCGACAAAAUUACGAUCGAGAUCAUGCAAUGACUUGCAUUGGCGAGGUGAUCACUGACCUCCCGAAGCUUACUGCUGGGCGAAUGGAGGACCGGCCGACUCACUUCCCGAGGGCGUACUCGAGGAUGUGGCUCAGUAAUGUCCCAGACUACACAGGUGGGAUCCUGAAUGCAGCUAUAUGAACUCUCCCUAGCUUGGAAAACAUCCCGGAAGCUUUCGUGGCGUUCCACUGCUUGCUCAACGGGAUUGCUUUUAGGUCUAUCGCCACAAUUACACUCUUCUACAUCCCCGCGAUGUCCCCCGCUUCCUGGGCUGCCGAUUUGUGGGGACCGGUCCUCUGACGGACGUCGUGCGGAUGGCUCCCCUGCAGUACCCUCUACCCCUCGACAAGCUCGCCAGGCGAGAGGAACUGAUUAUUUGGUUGACCUGGGUUCUCUUCUGUACGUUGGCGAACGGUAUCCCGCUCGAUAUGCCUCGUCGUAUCAACCUCCCGAACAAUCUCGGCGCAUUCGUAGGCCUGCUGGUUCAUCUGCAGAAAGUUGGUUUUCCGUCCCAUUGGAUUGCGGAUUUCAUCGCGACUAUCCUCGCGGAUGAUAUAACUACGAACAUUCGUCCUUACCUUGAGCGAUUGCCGAUUCCCAUUACGGAGGUCCGCAGGCGGGAGGAGCACAGGAAGACGGACCUUCUGCCCUGGCAUGCGGAUUUUGAAGUGAUUAUCGCCAGCUGCCCCCAGGCACUCCCGUUCUCCUUGAGGCUGCCGAGUGCUUUCCCUACCUUCGCUGAUAUACGGACGUACAAAGCCACUGGCCUGAAAGUCGUCGAUACGAGGAAACACAAGUUCGUGCGGUAUUGGGCAAAGCUGGCUUCGCCGCACGUAGCGGUCGUGGGCUUACUGUUCUACAAACCGUCGCCGGAGUACGAGGCAGAAGAUAUUGCACAUCAAAUCGGCUUGGUCCUCAAAGAAGAUGCGUUGCCGCGCUGCAGAUUCUCUUGAGUCAGGAGAGGGCUGCCUUGAGUGCGGAGAGGUUGAUUGGCGGAUGGAUAUGCGGAGGUAAGAGAAGAUGAGAGACGAGGGCUGGGAGAUGGCUGCUUACAUGACUGACAUUGCGGUUGCUGCUACAGAGCCCGUCAGGGUCAGGGUUUGUAAGGAAAUCUGAGGAGAACAGAGUCGCAUGUCACACUCCUUUCCUCGGCAUGAGUUCGUAUGUUUUGGCUGAUCAGAUAGGUGAACCCUCAAGUAAAGGAACAAGUCUAAAAAGGAUUCCAAUCUUUCCUGCUUAAGCUGUAAGCUCACCACUAUGCUCAUAUCUCCCGCCAGCUGUUCCAAGUCGUCUGGUAAGGUUUUCUGUGGCACGUUUCAGGCGCUUCCAAC